CCACGGCUUUUCUGUUUUCUACACAUCGCACCACCUUUUCGCAUCGAUCCGACCACCGAAUUCUCCGGAGACCCGCUGGAUGGGGAUCGGCCCUGUGUACAUAACCUGGACGCCUCCUGCAAUUCCCGUCCUUUCCUGUUUCUACUUUUCUGCAACCUAAACCUUUCCUUCUCUUGGGCCCUCUCUCUUCAGGCUGCUUUUUGCUUUGCCUUGCCCGCACGAUUGACCUGGAAUCAAUCGUCUAUUUUCUCUUCUUUUAUUAAUUUCCUGUGGGCAUUUCACACCACAUAAAAAAGAGUCCAGAUUAUACAAUGGAGCCGAUCCCUCGAAAGUCCGAGCUACCCUUCCUGACCGAGAUGACGCCGCGCACCCAAGCUCCCGUCAACCGCACAUUGCUCCGCUCCGUCCCCACCGACGAGAUGCAUGAUCUGCUCUGCGUGGGCUUUGGCCCGGCCUCCCUGGCUAUCGCCAUCGCUCUGCACGACGUCAUGGACCCGGCUCUGUCCCGCACGGCCACGGGCUCCUUCAAGCCCAAGGUGUGCUUCCUCGAGCGCCAGAAGCAGUUUGCCUGGCACGCAGGUAUGCUGGUCCCGGGUUCGCGCAUGCAGAUUUCCUUCAUCAAGGAUUUGGCGACUCUCCGCGACCCCCGCAGUAGCUUCACAUUCCUGAACUAUUUGCACAACAAGAAUCGCCUUAUCCACUUCACCAACUUGGGGACAUUCCUGCCGGCCCGUAUGGAAUUCGAGGAUUAUAUGCGCUGGUGCGCGCAGCGUUUUGAGAACGUCGUGAAUUACGGGGAGGAAGUUGUCGAUGUCGUACCUGGGACUAAGACCGAUGGCGUAGUUGACUACUUUGUCGUGCGCUCGCGCAAUGCCGAGACGGGCGAGAUCUCCUCGCGCAGAGCUCGUAAGGUCGUCGUUGCUCUCGGUGGCAAGGCUAAGAUGCCCCCGGGUUUCCCUCAGGAUACUCGCAUCAUGCACUCUUCCAAGUACUGCACCGUCUUGCCCAACGUGUUGAAGAACGAGUCGGCCCCUUACAACAUUGCCGUCGUGGGCUCCGGCCAAAGUGCCGCCGAGAUCUUCCACGACCUCCAGCGUCGGUAUCCCAACUCGCGCACGACACUGAUUCUCCGUGAUACCGCCCUGCGGCCUAGUGAUGACUCGCCAUUCGUUAACGAAAUUUUCAACCCCGAGCGUGUCGAGAAGUUCUACCAACUCCCCCAGGAGGAGCGGCACGCACGCAUUGCCAAAGAAAAAGCCACCAACUACUCCGUCGUCCGUCUCGAGCUCAUCGAAGAAAUCUACAACACCAUGUACCUCCAGCGCAUCAAGAAUCCCGACGAAUCCACCUGGCAACAUCGCAUCCUGCCGGAGCGCAAGGUCGCCCGCAUCGAGCACCACAACCCCGCACACCGCAUGCGCAUCCACGUCAAGUCCGUCAAGGACGAGGCCUCCGACGGCAAGGAGGUGCUGGAAGUGGACGCCCUAAUGGUUGCUACUGGUUACCUGCGCGAUGCGCACGAGCAGCUCCUCGAGCAGGUUUGUGGUCUUCGGCCCGCGGGUCAGACGGCGUGGGCUCCGGGUCGGGAUUACCGCGUUGCGCUGGAUGCGGCCAAGGUCAGCACCGGUGCGGGUAUCUGGUUGCAGGGCUGCAAUGAGAAGACGCACGGUCUCAGCGAUAGUCUUUUGUCGAUUCUUGCGGUGCGUGGUGGUGAGAUUGUGAGCUCGGUGUUCGGUGAUGAGCUGGCUGGCAAGACGGUGCAGGACACCCGGUUGCGGGCCAUGCUGUGAGGAUAUUCGUCAUGGACUGGUGGUGAAUUGUUUCUGAAAAUGUGAUUGGGAUGUGAUAUUAAAAGGUGUUUUUUUUUCUGUCUUAUUUGGCCGCAGGAUGUGGUACAAUGGAGGAUCUGUGGCAAUUUACAUUUGACCCCUGCAUGACCCUACCUCUUGUUUCUUGGUUUGAGAGUUUUGUCUUGCCGCUACAUCUUAAGCUAUAUGUUAUUCUAUACUAGACUCCAUCAUGUCUCCUGGAUUGUUUUUGAGUUCCUGGUUCUGGAUUUGGUUCUGUGACUUUUCGUCUCCCCUCUAAUGAUAUGAUACACCCCAUUGGAUAUGAACUUGGGGAUAAUCCUUUCACAAAACAAGACUCUUUACACUUCAUCUCUGUCUUGACUAUGGGAUCAAAAGUAC